GAGCACAUUCGCUAGGAAGCCGUCUGAGGUGUUCAACCGGCGAUGGCUCGAGCUUCUUUAGUUGGCAUCGGUUUACUUUUGCUUUUCGUUUUAGCGAUUGUACAAGAUGAAGUGGAUGCCAAAAGACAAAUGGGACACCGAAGGCACAAGAGAGAAUGGGUUGUUCCUCCUCAGCAGCUGAUAGAAAAUACAGAUUACAGGAGCAAGGCAUAUAUUGCAAGGGUCAGAUCUGACAAGGAUGUCAUGGAAAAAAUGCUCUACACUUUGACAGGGCCAGGUGCUGACCAACCCCCAAUGAACUUGUUCAUUGUCAAUGAAACAACUGGAUUUGUUAGACUCAAUGACAUUUUGGAUAGAGAAAAAACACCAAAUUUCACUCUAUCGGCUAUUGUCAGAUUUGCCAAGAACAAGUCAUUGGCAGAGGAAAAUAUUGAGCUGAAUAUUAAAGUUGUUGAUGUAAAUGACAAUCCCCCUGUAUUUGGAAUAUUACCACCUGCAGCUGUCCAUGAAGCAAGUCCAAAAGAUACUUUUGUCACAAAAGUAUAUGCCGCAGAUGCCGAUGAACCUGGAACCCUUCAUACACAAAUUGUAUACAGUAUUAUGAACCAGGAACCACCAAUUCCUAAAAAUGUGUUCUACAUCAAAGGAAAGACGGGGGAAAUUUACGUUAAUGAACCUACUCUUGACCGAGAAAAGCAGAGUUCCUACAUAUUGACAUUAAAGGCCGUAGACAUGGAUGGGAAAGUAAAUGGCCAAACUGGAACUGGAACAGUACAAAUAAAUAUCCUAGACAUCAAUGACAACAGACCCACUUUAGAGAAAGACGAGUACUCAGGCAGCAUUGAAGAAAACACAGCUGAUGUAGAAGUGUUGCGAAUCCGUGCACUGGACGAUGACCUGGCAAACAGUGACAACUGGUUGGCACAGUUCACCAUAGUUUCAGGAGAUGAUGCCGGCUACUUCAUUAUUAAAACUGAUCCCAGGACCAAUGAGGGCAUUCUGAUGCUGGUCAAGCCAGUAGAUUAUGAAGAACUCCAGGAUCUGCAACUAGGUGUAGUUGUUGAAAACAAGGCACCUUUCAAAACCUCCCCUGGAGAUGGAGGUGGUGGAGCCGGAGGAGGAGGUGGGGGUGGUGGAGCUGGAGGAGGAGGAGGUGGGGGUGGUGGAGCUGGAGGAGGAGGUGGUGGAGGCAGUGGAGGAGGUAUUGGUUCCCAUUCAAGCAGCAGUGUUACAGGUGUCAUACUUGUACAGAAAACAUACACAAUUAAGAUCAUUGUAAAGAAUAUGCGAGACAUGCCGGAGUUUAAUCCAAAGGUGAAGCCGAUUCCCAUCUCUGAGGACAGGAAGAAGGUCACCCUCAAUCGCGUGAUUGCAAAGUAUCCAGCUGUUGAUGGAGAUACUGGAGAGGUUGCCAGUAAUGUCAGGUAUGCAAAGGGGUAUGAUCCAGGCAGCUGGCUGACAAUUGAUGAUGAGACAGCUGAAAUUAAACUCAACAAGAUGCCAGAUCGGGAGUCCAAGCACGUUAUUAAUGGAACAUACUAUGCAAAAAUACUCUGUCUGACAGAUGAUUUACCAGCCAAAACUUCUACUGGCACCAUUGCUCUUCAGAUAGAGGACUCCAAUGACAGCUGUCCCAAACUCACCAGCACAUACCAGUCCCUAUGCACUCAGGAUAAAGCUGUGUACGUCACAGCCAGUGAUCAGGAUGCUGACCCCAAUGCAGCUCCCUUUCAUUUCAGGUUGUUGGCUGAGGCUACAACAGGCAAAUGGAGCUUGGAAGAUCAAAAUGGCACCACUGCCAUCUUGAAACCCCAGGACACCCUGUGGCCUCGUUCUUAUGAGAUUGCAUUUGAAAUCAAAGACCAGCAAGGGCUGGCCUGUCCUGACAAAGAGGUCCUUCAGCUGGAGGCUUGCGAGUGUGUGAACAAUGAAACCUGUGGUGUCAAGGCCAAUGAGUUACUAGCAAUAGCUCCUGUCAGAUCUGAAAAUGCUCACGCACUGGGAGCACUGGGAAUUGGAGCACUCAUGACUGGGUUUUUGGUGCUUCUCUGUGCGUCCCUCCUGCUGCUCUUCUGUUCCUGUGGAAGUGCUGGUGCUGGUGCUGGGGGGAUCCAAGGGAUGUUUACAGAUCUCCCGUUUGACGCUAAAGAACACUUGAUUCCAUAUCACACAGAGGGUCAAGGCGAAGACAGGGAGGUGCCUCUUUUGAGUGUGCCCGUGCUGAUAACAAAAGGAGGAGCGAAAGUGGAGGCGAGGAACGUGGCCACCACAGCGUCUGCGGUGCCCAGAGGCCGAGCUGUAGAUCCUAUGUACUACAGCAGUGAACUUGUGCAAGCGAACUUCUACUCAGAGAGCGAAGCUGACAAAGGAGGCAUCUUUGAUGGAAUAGCACUUCCGGAAGAAUAUUUGGGAGCCUACUUUUCACAGAAGACCAUCCAAAACACAAAAGACCAUCCAACGAAGGAUAACUUGCUGGUCUAUGACUGUGAAGGACAAGGCUCUGCUGCAGGAUCAGUAGGGUGCUGCAGCAUCCUUGAAGCUGACGACGACCUGGAAUUCCUCAACGACUUAGACCCCAAGUUUAAAACCCUGGCUGAGAUCUGCAAAGGUCAAGAAGCCGAACCAGAAGUCUUGGCCAGCACAUCAGUGGCUACCGUUGAACAUCGCACUGUGUCAAACCACGCAGAGGUCAACAUGGAAUGUGCGAUCAGUGGGACUGUCGAUGUGGUAAAAUCGCUUCCCUCAAGCCCGACUGAAAAGGUCGACUUCAGUGGCGCGGCGUUCUCUGCCAACCUCCCGCUGGUUGCGAAACAGGCAUACGUCAUCCAGCAGCCAGUGUACUACGCUGCUGCUCCGGUGAUUCAAGCAACUCGGUAUGUGUCCGAGCCACAGGCUCAGAAAGCCGUCAUUGUCUCGGGCGGUCCCUCUGUGCCAUCUGUGCAGGGCAUGUACAUGGUGAGCAAUGCCUCAGGCCCAGUUGUCCAGGAGAGGAGAGUGGUAGCGGGUCCCGUUGUACACAGAGAUGUGUUUGGUCUGCAAGGCGGGACCUUGAACAGCCGUGGGAGUGUCCUGAUGGUAGAGGGGAACGUGGGCUCGGGUCAGGUGUUGCAAGAGGCUGCAGUUGGGAUAGAUCAGCGUCUUGUCCAAGUGGGGAAUGUGUCUGGGUCGCAGACAGUCAUGCUGAUGAAGAGACAGCUGAGUUCAGGACAGGUUGUGAAUGGAGGCCUGCAAGAGAUUAGUGAAGGAGCUCUACAGAGGAGUGAGUUGAGUAGGUCAGUGAAGACAACCCCAGUGGAGAGCCAAGAGAUAUUGGUGAGAAGUCCUGUGGGGCUGGGUUCAGGGUCUUUGCAGUUGAAUGGCUCAGAGAAUGGAUUUACCUCUAAGGGACUGAUGACAGAUGGACAGGUACUUCAUGAUGGCAAACUGGGAUUAAAUAAAGGAACUUUACAGGAUGGUUUGUAUGUAGUGAAAGAUGAGCCUGCUUUUCACAGUGUCGUAAUGAAGGAGACCAGAGCGGUAUCUGGUCCAGCUGUAAAUGGCAGUCUCCUUGGGGUGCAGCAGGGUACCUUACACAGGGGCGAGAACAUUGUUUUGGUGAAUAGAAACGUGGUUUCAGAUCAGGUGGUGAGAGAGGAGACAGGCCUUGUCCAGGUGGGAAGUCUACCUGGAUCACAGAACAUCAUGCUAGUGGAAGGACAGGUGGGUGCUGGGCAGGUGCUGCCAGGAAGCCCAACAUGGAUCCAACAUGGUACCCUGCAGAGGGGAUCCAUCUCCGGGUCUUAGAACUUCCUGCUAGUGGAGAGGCAGG